AUGCCCCUAGGACACGCCGUGGUCGUUUGGGAAUGGGAAAACCGGAACGGCCGAUGGAAACCUCACAGCCCCGAAGUGGCACAAUUGCUCGAAAGGGCUCAUUUCAAGAAGUUGACCAGGGUGAUACUGAGAGACGCCGACCCGAACAUGGAGUCUUCGUUUGUCAAUUUGCGUACGAUGUACCAGUGUUCUGAAGAAAACGAAGGCGCACUUUUGGCCGUACGCAGAUCUUACUAUCCGGCCAAUGCAUUGCCUGGCAAAGGAGCCAGAUGGGAAUGGGCUGGUGAUGUACCUGGAGAGUGGCAUACAUAUGACAUGGAAUCCCAAUGUUUCUUAGAAACAGCUUGGUCAAUGGGUUGCCAAGUUAUAGAUGUAAGCCGGACAUAUUUAGGUUUUCCGUAUACUAUUAAUUUUUGUAAUUUAACCCAAGUACGGAAUGACAGUGGAUAUAAACGUAAUAUUAGACGUGUGAACCAAGCACCAUACCCACUAGUUAAAAUACAAUCGGAUGAAGUUAUUCAAUUUAAUGAUAGGGCAGUUGUAGACACCAUAAGAAAUUUAUCAUCAAAAAAUGAAACUAUUAGAAAAUCCAGUUCAGAAUAUAUAGACACAAUAACUAAAAAACAACUACAUUAUAAAAAAAACAAACAAGUAGUUCACGAUGGCCAUCAUAGCGGAACUAAUAUAGCUCGCACCUUAUUAAGUAUUUUUGCAAAUAAGAAUCCUUCGUCACUGUCUAGAGAAGCUCAAUGGCCAAUAGGAACCACGGCAACUAAAAGCUGUAGUGAAUCAAUUAAAUCAGAUUCAUCUAUAAUUGAUUUAGACUCUAGUAGCAUUCGCAGUGGUAGACGUCCUAGUGUUGAUACUAUUUCAACUUAUUUAAGUCAUGACAGUCACGAACUUCGCACAUCACGAUAUGAUCUCUUGGAUUAUUCUGGUGGCAGUAUUGGAAGUGAUGAUGCUUUUGAAUGUCAACAGAAAUCAGACAAUUGCAGAAAUCAAUCAGUUAUUGGAGUGAAUUCAGUAAGUGAGAAAUUAUCUUGCUAUGUUCAAAUAGUGGAUGACUUUUGGCCAGGACUUGACAUGUUAUGUCCAUUUUGUCAAGAUCCACUUAUCUCAUCAAAUAAAUCUAACAAAAGCCUAGUUAUUGCUUUGAGUAUAUGUCAACAUCGAAUGCAUCUCACUUGUCUAAACUCAAUUUUAAACAAUCAACCUUAUUCUAAUCAGUGGAUGUAUAUACAAUGUCCAAUCUGUAUGAAAGUCUAUGGAGAAAAAAGAGGUAACCAACCACCAGGUGCUAUGAAGUGGACAUAUUUAAAUAGGUCGUUACCUGGGUAUGGUAGUACAAGAACUAUUCAAAUCACAUAUGAAAUAUCAUCUGGGAUUCAAGGUGAAGAACAUCCACAUCCAGGUCGUCCAUACUAUGCUCUAGGUUUUCCAAGAAUUUGUUAUUUGCCAGACACAGAAAAAGGAAGGCGUGUAUUAUCAUUACUGAGUAAAGCUUUUGAAAGGCGACUGGUAUUUACAGUUAGACUUUCAAUAACAACUGGUAAUGAAGAUGUUGUUGCAUGGAAUGGUAUCAUACACAAGACAGACUUUGACACCAGAAUGCAUCAUGGAUUUUUAGAUGAAUGUAUCGAACAAUUAUCAGCACAUGGCGUUGUUUGA